GGAGACGUCGGCAAAAAGCCGGCAACUGUGUGGCAGCCAUUAAAUGACUGAAUCGGAGUAGAUGCCACUCAUAAACAAAUAACACACUGCGAGGGACCGCACAAAAAUCUCAAAAUUCAAGCGAUGCUGCUCGUCUAUGGAUUUCAAUUAUAGCACGACCGGCGCUGGAAAGCUCAAAAAAUCUGACAAGACAACGUAGUGGACGCGUGACCUUCACCUAGGCAAGACACACUGCGCGACCGAUGGUCAAAAUGGACUUUGACGACGGCAGUCUGUCGCUGCACAACCUCAACUCUGGCUUAAUUAUCGAAAGGGUUCGCGAGGAUGGAAGCAAAGUGGAGGCGCCUUUGCCGCUUCUGGCUCCGGCCGCUGGGGAUAAGUCGAGGAGUUUGUGCAUGGCCCUCGAAGUGUGUGUGGUUUGCGGAGACCGGGCAUCAGGGCGCCACUAUGGAGCCAUCAGCUGCGAAGGCUGUAAGGGCUUUUUCAAACGGUCCAUUCGCAAGCAGCUGGGCUACCAGUGCCGCGGCAGCAAAAACUGCGAAGUAACCAAGCACCAUCGCAACCGAUGCCAAUAUUGUCGACUGCAAAAGUGCCUUGCAAUGGGGAUGAGAAGCGACUGUAAGGAUCUGAAACACUUGCCUGGUGCUGUCCAACACGAAAGAAAGCCGAUCUCCCUCGCCCGCGAGUCUGGCAGUGGUUCGUCUGCGUCCAGUUCGAUUUUGCAGCACCACGGAAACUCAAGGGGCCUCGGAGGACUUGACGUACGCGGCCUAGGCGGAAUGGGAUUCUCUGAUAUGGGUCUCGUAAAUCAACUGUUUGCAGGAGUUUCGGGAAGAGGAAAGUCUGCGUUCGAAUGCAACAAUCAGGGCUACUCUCCUGCUGUCAGUGGAGACGAAGAGGCGUCGAUCAGUAGCUCUGGGGAGUACAAUGAGUCGCGCCAACCAGCCCCAGAUCUUAUAUUGCUUGCGCUGGAAAAUAUGACAAAGACUUUACGGCAAAAUGACUCCUUGGAGGUUUCACUUAAUUCCGAGUUCAUGGACCAAAUUGAGUCUGAGGCGCCAGUGAUUUCGGACGAGCACAUUCUCUUCAAUCUGCAAACGCCAACUUUGAUGCCGCAGUACUUCAAUUCGCACUACAGUUGUGAAAGUGCUUCGAGGCUUCUCUUUUUGUCUGUGCACUGGGCACGGAACAUUCGUGUGUUCCAGUCUCAAAGUCAAGAGGCUCAAAUAGAACUUGUGAAAAGUUGCUGGGGUGAGCUAUUCGCCCUUGGACUGGCUCAGUGCUCAAGUGUUCUGGCAUUGCCAGACAUCUUUUCCUCAAUUGUGCAGAAUCUGCAGAGUUCAGUUGUUCAGGAUAGUUUUUCGGCUCAAAAAGUGAAAGAGAUUGCGGACCAUAUUAGCAAACUUCACGUCUUUGUCAACACAAUGCAGAAAUUGAAUGUCACUGACAAAGAAUACGCCUACUUAAAAGUGAUAUCCCUACUUAAUCCAGAUAUCCCUGGAUUCCAAAGUGCAAAUCUUAUAUCCCAAUAUCAGUUGAAAGCAAUAAGCGAAUUUCAAGAAUCGCUCAAAUCUCAGGACCCCGCCACAGGAGAACUGAGAUUUAGCCAGCUUAUCUUGAGAGCAGCCUCGCUGAAAAAGCUGCACUCGCAAAUUCUUGAGGAAAUUUUCUUCGCUCGGCUGAUUGGAAGUGUUCAGAUUGAUAGUGUAGUUCCUUACAUCUUAAGGAUGGAAACGUCUACUUACAACGGGCAGUCAGCUAAUCACAACAACAGUGACGAUAGAUCAUCUAGCGUUGCAAUUAAAGAAGAGGUAGUGGAAUUUGAUGAAGAUGAGAAUAUUUGCGAGGAAGACGAAGAGCCGUACGAUUCGGAAUGAGAAGAAUGCCCGCGCCCAAAUCAAUCUCGGGAAUCGGAACUAGAACUAUCUGCUCUGUGAUUGCAGUGCCCUGUUAAGACUACAUGACAUUUCUUAUUAUUUUUUAAAACAGAUGUAUUUAGACGUUAACGACAUGCUUUGAGUUUCUGUUGGAUUUAAGCUACUUUUUAAAUGUACGUACUUAAAAUGUAAAAUGUUCUGUUACUGAAAAAUGAAUAUAAAUUUUUAUGUCAAAUUGUAAA